AUGGCUGAAACCCUACGGCUCAAUUGUCGCAUGCCCCCCAGUUCGUACCAACACCUUGCCCACCUUCGCGUUCUGCAUCUCGCCGGCGCCAACGGGGUCUGUGAACCGGCCGACCUCCUCCUGCUGGAAUCUAGUCACGCUCUCGAAGAACUCACCUUCACAUACGAAUACAAUGGAGACAGAGUCGGCGUCACGUCGUUCACUCUGAAAGCGUUGCGCCGCCUCGAGAUCUCGGGAGAGUGCACACCCGUUCGUAACCUCCUGGAGGGCGGCAACCUACCCGUCCUACGCCAUUUCUCGUUUCUACACCCCCACUACGUGCACCCUGGAUUGUUGCCCGACCUCACUGCCCUGUUCGAGACGGUCUCCGCCCGUCUCCCGCACCUGACAUCCCUCGAAGCGGUGCGGCGCUCCAAACCCGGCGGGCCCAUGCCCUGGCACAGUCUCAAAGUCCACAUCGACGCCGUCUUCGGCGUCCACGGCCGCGCGCGCUCAGGCGACCCGCCCGCGGAACCAGACCGGACGCUGCGCUCCCUCAUCCUAUCCCUGUUCCCUCUCCGCGGGCUCGCCAGCUUCACGCUCGACCUCGGAGACCACGUGCUUUCCUACACCCACGAAGACCUUCACGCGGCCUCCAUCGUGUGGCCCGAACUGCACACCCUCCAGCUUGCGUUCCAGACCCCGGGAGAGAGCCCUCCAAGGCAGCUCGGCGGCAGGGCGGGCCGCGCCGGGCCCUCGCGCACCGCCCCGGUUGGCAGGCCCCGGCCCACGCUCGGGCUCACGCGCCCCGACGUGAAGGUCCUCGGGGACGUAGCGCGCAUGCACGCACACCUCCGCGUGCUGAGGCUCCCCGCGCUCGACAUCCCCCGGGGCUUGAAUACCAAGGCGUUGGCGAGAAAGCUCGAGCAGAUCGUCAAGGCGGUUGAGACGUGCGGCGGGCAGCAGAGGGCGCUGCGGCGGCUGACGGUCCGGGGGCUCCUCCCUAGGGCGCCGGACGCGGAGGAGGGGACGGCGCGGCGGAAGAGGACCCCCGAAAGCGCCUAUAGUAGGCCCGCCGCUAGACGCCCACAUUUUCCAGACGGCCGUGUCCGGACUUUGGAUGACGUCAUGUCCGGACUCCGGCGGUCCUCGGGCGUCUGGAGGCCCUCCAUGUCCGGACUUUCGGCGGGCCUCACCAAGGCCUCCCUGGGGCCUCCUGGGGCUCCGGAACAUGGUUUCGUACCACAAAUACGUCGUAGAGACACAUAUAGAAGCUAA